AUGUCUCUCCAUCAUCCUUACAACCUCUCCCUCUCCCUCCUCCUCUUCCUAGCUUCAGCUGCCGCCGCCGUCAUUGCAGCAGAUGCCCCCGGCGGCCGCGGCAGCUGGCAGCUCCUCCAGAGCAGCAUCGGCAUCUCGGCAAUGCACAUGCAGCUCCUCUCAAACGACCGCGUCGUCAUCUUCGACCGCACCGACUUCGGCCGCUCCAACAUCUCCCUCGCCGCCGGCAACUGCCGCGAGGACCCCAACGAGCGCGUCGUCACGCGCGACUGCUCCGCCCACUCCGUCGAGUACGACUCCGCCACCAACACCUUCCGCCCCCUCACCGUCCAAACCGACGUCUGGUGCUCCUCCGGCUCCGCCAUGCCCGACGGCCGCCUCCUCCAGACCGGCGGCUUCAACGACGGCGAGCGCCGCGUCCGCUCCUUCUCCCCCUGCAACGCCAGCGCGUGCAGCGGGUGCGACUGGGUGGAGUACGAGAACGGGCUGGCAGCGAGGAGAUGGUACUCCACCAAUCACCUCCUGCCAGAUGGCAGGCAGAUAAUCGUCGGGGGGCGUCGCCAAUUCAACUACGAGUUCUACCCGAAAAACGACGCCGCCCCGGGGGUCUACAGCCUCCCGUUUCUCGUCCAGACCAACGACCCGGACACCGAGAACAAUCUUUACCCCUUUGUGUUCCUAAACGUGGACGGUAAUUUAUUCAUCUUCGCCAACAACCGCGCCAUUCUCUACAAUUACAGCAGCCGGGCCGUGGUGAAAAGUUACCCCGCGAUUCCCGGUGGGGAUUCCAGGAGCUACCCGAGCACGGGAUCCGCUGCAUUGCUCCCACUGAAGCUUGCCCUGCAGCCCGGUGGUGACGUGGCCGCGGAGGUGUUGGUCUGCGGCGGCGCGCCCAGAGGGUCGUAUGAGAAGGCGAAGGUCGGGAAUUUCGUGAAGGGGUUGGGUACUUGCGGUCGGAUCCGGGUGAACGACCCGAACCCGGUUUGGGUGAUGGAGACGAUGCCGAGGGAGAGAGUGAUGGGGGAUAUGGUGAUGCUUCCCGAUGGGAAUGUUCUGAUUGUGAACGGGGCCGGGUCGGGCACGGCCGGGUGGGAGUACGGGCGCGACCCGGUUUUGAACCCGGUAAUUUACCGACCCGGGAACCCGGUCGGGUCGAGGUUCGAGGUCCAGAACCCGACCGCCGUGCCGAGGAUGUACCACUCCGCCGCGGUGCUGCUCCGCGACGGGAGGGUGCUCGUCGGCGGGAGCAACCCGCACGUGUACUACAAUUUCACCGGGGUCAUGUUCCCGACGGAUCUCAGCCUGGAGGCUUUCUCGCCGGCGUACCUGGACGGGAGCUUCGACGGGGUGAGGCCGGCGGUAGUGUCGCCGGCGUCCGGGAGCGGGGUGGCGUACGGGCAGAAGUUCGCGAUUCGGUUCACGGUGGCGACCGGGGCGGGGGAAGUGAAGGCGGAUGACGUGGCGGUGACGAUGGUGGCGCCGCCGUUCACGACGCACUCGUUUGCGAUGAACCAGAGGCUGCUGGUGCUCGGGAGCGAGAAGUUGAGGGGCGUGGCGGCGGGGAGCUACGAGGUGACGGUGAGCUCGCCGGGUUCGCGGAAUUUGGCGCCGGCGGGGUAUUAUAUGGUGUUUGUGGUUCAUCGGGAGAUUCCCAGUACAGGGGUUUGGGUCAAACUCCACUGA